AUGACUGGGGCGGGGGUGUCUCCGGGCCCGGGGAGGACCGGCGGGGAUAAAGCCGCCGCCGCCAAGCACCCGGACCCAGCCGAGGAGCCUUUCCUCGCAGCCUGCGACGGAAACUCGGGGGAGGUAUUCACCAAGGUCCAGUGUUUGACAUACCGUCGGAGGCUAUCCUACAAUACAGCCUCUAACAAAACCAGGCUGUCCCAAACCCCUGGUAAUAGAAUUGUAUACCUUUAUACCAAGAAGGUUGGGAAAGCACCAAAAUCUGCAUGUGGUGUGUGCCCAGGCCAACUUUGCGGGGCUUGUGCUGUGAGACCUAAAGUUCUAAUGAGGUUGUCUAAAAUGAAAAAACACAUCAGCAGGGCCUAUGGUGGAUCCAUGUGUGCUAAAUGUGUCUGUGACAGGAUCAAGCGUGCUGUCCUUAUUGAGGAGCAGAAAAUCCUUGUGAAAGUGUUGAAGGCACAAGCACAGAGUCAGAAAGCUAAAUAAAUUUAAAAA